AUGUCCGCCACAAUGAGAUCAGCUCGUCUGGUGCGCAACACCUCCGCCUUGCGCCCGGCGCUGACCGCUCGUACUCGUGCGAGUGCUCUUGGACCGGCUCCUCUGGCUGCGGCCACCAGCGUCCUCUUCAACGGUCGCGGAAUCCCCUCGCAGGUUUCUGCUCUUGCGAUUCUGAUCCCCCAACAGCGUGGAUACGCCACCGAGCACAAUACGACCAACUCUCAGUCGUCAUACCCCCCUCCCGGCUUCAAUGCCGAACAAGCCAAGAAGCCGCUCCCCCAGGACCAAGCUCAAUCUCCAUCGACUACCCAAUCGAAGCAGAAUGUGACUCCUGCGGCCAAGGUGCCUGCGCGCGAGGUGUCUGGCAAGCCUGUUGCGACUGAGGAGGACAAAAAUGUGGCUGAGGCGAAAAAGGAGGCCAAGAAGCUGACCAUUGGUCAGAAGAUCAAGAAGGAGGUUCAGCACUACUGGGAUGGCACCAAGCUGCUUGCUACAGAGGUCAAGAUUAGCUCACGCUUGGCAUUGAAGAUGGCAGCUGGUUAUGAACUCAGCCGCAGGGAACACCGUCAGCUCCAACGUACCACCAAGGACCUGGGACGAUUGGUGCCUUUCUCGAUGUUCGUCAUCGUUCCCUUCGCCGAACUCCUACUUCCGAUCGCCCUGAAGAUCUUUCCCAACAUGCUGCCCAGCACCUACGAGGGCCAGAAGGCCCGCGAGACCAAGGCCCUGAACCUGAGCUCCACCCGUAAGGAGGUUUCGAGCUUCCUUCGCAACACACUCCGUGAGACCGGUCUGCCGUUGACUGCCGCCACCGUUAAGAACGAGGAAUUCGCAGACUUCUUCCGCAAGAUCCGGACUACCGGCGAGUCCCCCUCCACCGAGGAUGUCAUUAAGGUGUGCAAGAUCUUUAAGGAUGAUCUGACCCUGGACAACCUCUCGCGGCCCCAGUUGGUCGCUAUCUGCCGCUACAUGAACCUGAACUCGUUCGGUACCGACGCCAUGCUCCGCUACAACAUCCGUCACCGCAUGCGCCAGAUCAAGCGCGAUGACCGCGCCAUCUUCUACGAGGGCGUCCACUCGCUUUCCGUCCCCGAACUGCAGAUGGCCAGUGCCUCCCGUGGUAUCCGCACCCAUGGCGUCUCUCCUGCCCGCCUCCGCGAGGAUCUCUCGAUGUGGCUUGACCUCCGUCUUAAGCAGGGCGUCCCCUCCACCCUGCUUGUCCUGAGCAACGCAUACAUGUACACCCAGGGCGGCAAGGAGUCUGAGAUGGCCUCCCAGGUUGACGCCCUCAAGUCUGUGCUCUCCAGUAUCCCUGAGGAACUCUUCCACGAGAUCGAGCUCGAGGUUCACAAUGCCGAGGGUGCUGCUACCAACAAGCAGCGUCUGGAGGUCAUUAAGGAGCAAGAAGAGCUGAUCGAGGAGGAGAACGAGCAGAACAGCGAGAACGAGGGCAAGGGCGUCUCUGCUCCAAAGGACAUCGAGGAUAUUGAUGACAAGGAGGAGACCAAGGUUGAGGCUGCCGACAGCAAUGCUAAUCAGUCUGCCGAGGCUAACGAGGCUCUGAAUGAAGGUGCCAAGGCUGAGCCUACUCCUGCCAAGGAGGAGAAGAAGAGCUCCUAG